AUGGGAACUACUCCAACUACCCCGGCCACUGCAAGUAUCACCAUGGGAACUACUCCAACUACCCCGGCCACUGCAAGUAUCACCAUGGCAACUACUCCAACUACCCUGGCUACUGCAAGUAUCACCAUGGCAAUUGAUCCAACUACCCCGGCCACUGCAAAUAUCACCAUUGCAACUACACCAGCUACCCUGGCCACUUAUCAUCUUUGCAACUAUUCCAACUACCCCGGCCACUGCAAGUAUCACCAUGGGAACUACUCCAACUACCCCGGCCACUGCAAGUAUCACCAUGGGAACUACUCCAACUACCCCGGCCACUGCAAGUAUGACCAUGGGAACUACUCAAACUACCCCGGCUACUGCAAGUAUCACCAUGGGAACUACUCAAACUACCCCGGCCACUCCAAGUUUCACCAUGGGAACUACUCCAACUACCCCGGCCACUGCAAGUAUGACCAUGGGAACUACUCCAACUACCCCGGCUACUGCAUGUAUCACCAUGGGAACUACUCCAACUACCCUGGCCACAGCAAGUAUGACCAUGGGAACUACUCCAACUACCCCGGCUACUGCAAGUAUCACCAUGGGAACUACUCCAACUACCCCGGCCACUGCAAGUAUGACCAUGGGAACUACUCAAACUACCCCGGCUACUGCAAGUAUCACCAUGGGAACUACUCAAACUACCCCGGCCACUCCAAGUUUCACCAUUGGAACUACUCCAACUACCCCGGCCACUUAUGA